GUCUCCAGUCUUUGCUUUGCACUCACUCACAUCUUCACAAUGGAAACUACAACCAGCAACAAGCACAAGCCUCACAUAGCCAUCUUCCCCUCCCCAGGAAUGGGUCAUCUCAUCCCACUCGCCGAGUUCGCGAAGCAACUCGUCUUUUCCCACCACUUCUCCGUCAGCUUUAUCGUUCCUAACUUCGGCUUUCCCAUCAAAUCCCAGAAAUCUUUUCUCGAUUCGCUGCCUGAACCCAUUACCGCCGUCUAUCUUCCUCCUCCGGUCAUCUCCAACGAUCUCUCGGGCAGUCUCAAUCCCGCAACCCUAGUCACAACCGGCAUGACUCGGUGCGUCCAGGGUCUCCGUGACUCACUCAAGACCUUAACUGAGUCAACCCGCCUCGUAGCCUUGGUGGUUGAUGCGGUUGGCACUGACGCCUUCGAUUUAACGGAAGAGUUGGGUAUUUUACGGUACGUUUUCGCACCUUUCUGUGCAAUGUCACUAUCUCUUUUUUUUCACUUGUCCAAGCUUGACGAAACGGGUAUUAAAGACUACAAAGAUUUACCCGACCCGAUUGAAAUACCGGGUUGCAUUCCUAUUCGCCCGACAGCAUUGCCCGGUGUGAUUCAGGAUUCAAACAGUGAGUUCUAUAAAUUGUUUCUUUACCAUGCCAAAAGGUACUACUUGGCUGAUGGGAUUAUCGUCAAUAGUUUCAUAGACUUGGAACCGGGUGCUUUUAAGGUUUUAAUGGAGGACGGGUCGGGUAAACCACCAUUUUAUCCGAUUGGACCUCUGUUACAAACCGGUCCCACAAUUGAUGAUGGGACCCUUUGCUUGACAUGGCUCGAUAAACAGCCACGUGGCUCAGUCCUAUUUGUUUGCUUUGGGAGCAGUGGGACCAUUUCUCAGGAGCAGCUAACUGAACUAGCAUUGGGUUUGGAGAUGAGUGAACAAAAAUUCAUCUGGGUUGUUAGGAUCCCAGCUAAGAAUGCUGCAAAUGGUGUGUACUACAAUGCACAAAGCAAUAAAGAGGAAGACCCUUUUGAUUUCUUGCCCAAUGGGUUCAUGGAGAGGACAAUAACAAGAGGGUUGGGUCUAUUGGUGAAAUCAUGGGCUCCACAGGUUCAGAUCUUGAGCCAUGGCUCAACCGGGGGGUUCAUUAGUCACUGUGGAUGGAACUCAACCAUAGAGAGCUUAACCCAUGGAGUGCCUUUAAUUGCUUGGCCACUCUACGCAGAGCAAGAAAUGAUUAAGCUAAUGCUAACCCAAGAUUUGAAAGUCGCAUUAACACCAAAGAAGAAUGAAAAUGGCAUGGUUGGGAGGGAAGAAAUUGCAAAAUGUGUGAGGGAUCUUAUUGUAGGAGAAGAAGGGAAAUUGCUUCGGAAGAAGACGACGGAAUUGAAAGAUGCUGCUGCCAUGGCCACAAGUGAACAUGGAUCAUCUACAAAGUCGCUUGCUCAGCUCAUUCAAAUUUUUGAAAACCACAAUGUUUUGCCUCUUAAAAAAUGAAGUUAUUAGUUAAUUAUAUUAAAAGUGUUAUGAAUCAGAAUUAAAAUAAUUAUUUAAAUGUAUUGUAUUGAUUUAAACUUAGUGCGACGGGAGUCACACAUAAUAAAUCAUAUUUACGCAUUUGAAAUUAAUUUCUUUCCCUUUUUUUAUUAUUUUUUUUCAGCAUUGUCGGAGAUCUGGGUUGUUUGAGAUGCCUUAAAUAAGUGUACUUUUUGACUUUUUAUGAAAUAUGGAUUAGAUAUGAAA